UUCGAUUAUCGAGUACUUCGUAGUUCAGUUCUACAGUUCUGAGUCAGGUUGACUAGAGGAGUUAGGCUCAUACCGAUUCAUCUAUACGCUUGUUUUCCUACGGCUUACUAUCUGUGCGCACAUAGUAAUCGUAUGCCCAGAGGCGUCUCUCUUUUACACAACUGCGCUUUGUGAGAUGGACUUAGCGACGCCUUUCCUCGGCGACGUUCGCCUGUUUACUCUCGCACGCUCUUCGCCGUCGGCUCGCCCGUCCAUGAGUCCCGCCACGAGUCCAAUUCAAUUAAUUCCACAUUCUCCUCUCCCAUCGCUUCCACCACCUCGCGUCAAUCCCUCGCCUAAGUGUAACUUAGUUAAACGUCCAGCCCGUCCGGUCCCUCCUCGUCCGAAACCGCAGCUGCCAACAGAUCCCGCCAGUUUAAGCGACUCCCAGGCCUCCUCCACCCUCGAUAGUAGCUCAUCAGCUAGUGGAACCCUCUCACGGCAAGCAGACGGCUCCUCCGAGCAGCAAACCGACUUUCCGCAUCCCCCCGGGGGAAGCAAGCUCCCCUUCGCUCCGCGCAUUCCCCCUCCGCCCGCGCGGAGGCCCGCAGCGACGCAUCGCCUCCGCCGGCUGCGGAAACGGACAGCGAACGGCACGUUCUACCUGUCGGACGAGCUCGCGGAUAUCACGGAGGUCUGGGCGUCGUCGAUCCUCCUCCGUCCGCCGCCGGCGGAAUCCAACGGUGGAGAUCCAGCGUCCGCGAACGCACCUUCCGCUCGCCCCCCUUCUCCUGCCGGCAAUAUCGAGGCUCCUACAACGCUAGGAGAGGACGUGGAGGAUUCGGUUGAAUCAGGAAGCGUUUCGGGCUUAGCGGCGUCGAGCGUGGUGUCAGAACUCGCGGCUCGAGUGGCGGGCGAGCCUAUAACGAGUAUAGAGAGUCUGGACCUGUCCCGUGUGCUUGAAACGGAGGUCGGGCCGAACGGGGUUUUAACGGAGGGGGUGGCGUCGGCUGUGCUUGGGGAGCUGUGCCGCGCUGGCAAGGGCCGGCAUGCUCUGAAGCUGUUCGACUGGCUCAAGGCCCGCGCGUUCCUCCUGUCCACGUCAGCACACACCUCCCUGAUCGCCGCAUUGGCGCGCAGUGGGCCCUAUGCUGACGCGGCACGUGUGCUGGCAGCCAUGCGCGCGGCCGGCCUCGCCCCCACCGUCCACGCGUGCACUGCUGCCAUGCAGGCCCAAUCACGCGCCGGCAGGUGGCGGGGGACGCUGCAGCUUCUGGACGAGAUGCGAGGGAUGGGGCUGAAGCCCGACACCAUGGCGUACAAUGCUGUGCUCACUGCUUGUGGAAGGGCCGGGCGGGUGCAGGAGGUGCUCUCUGUCUAUGCCGCCAUGCAGGACGACGAAUGCCGCCCGUCCACGGGCACGCGCGCGCUCCUCAUGAGCACGUUCGUCAGGGCCGAUCGCUGCGACCUGGCGCUACAGCUGUUUUUCGACGCCAGGCUGGCAGGCCAGCCUGUCACCCCAGACAUGCAGAGGGGGCUCAUAUGUGUCGCAUCUAAGGUGGGUCGCUGGCCCCUGGCUCUUGACCUGCUGGACGAUCUUCUUGCCACGUGGACUGACACAGAGGAGAGAGGACAGCGGUCAGGUGAAUUAACAGAGGGAGGGACACCUGCAGGUGAAUCCUCAGAGGAGAGGGCUCCUGGAGUGACGUCAGCUCGAGCUGCAGCGCCGGACUAUGUACCUAUGGAGGACAGCAUUAGUGCUUCGGAGGGGGCUUUUGAGGCGAGACAGGACCAGGGGUCUGCAGCGGCUGAUCUUAGCAGCUCUAAAGAAGUGCAGUUUCUUGCCGAGGCUCCUCUCCAACCGCCUGUUGCGGCCCCUACCGAACGGCCUCAGAACAGUCUCACAGCAAAGCAGCUCGGCUCAGCAGCAGCAGCUGCUGCUGGGGGGGCGAGUCUGUAUGGGAAGGCUCGGGGGACCGAAGCGGAGAGUGCGUGGGGCGAGGUGCUGGGGGCGCCCAACUCCUCUCUGCCGUUCAAUGCCCUCAUAUCCGCGCUGGCCCGUGCAGGCAAGUGGCAGAUCGCGCUCUCAGUCUUUGCCCGCAUGAAGAAACUGGGCAUCCCUCCGGACCACUUCACCUGGUCCGGGCUAGCUUCGGCACUGGCUCGGGCUGGAGAAUUCGACCGAGCCAUGGCGCUGUUCGAAUACAUGGGGGAGAGGGAGCGGCUGGAGCCGACGGUGGUGGUGUGCAACUGCGCGCUGCUGGCGUGCCAGCGCAAGGCCAAGUGGCAGCGCGCGCUGCAGCUGCUGUGGCGCAUGGAGCGCAUGGGCGUGCAGGCGGACGUGAGGAGCUACAGCAUGGUGAUUCGGACAUGCGAGCUUGCAGGCCAAUCCGAGGCAGCCAUGACGGUGUACCAGCGGAUGCAGAAGACCGGGUGCAAGCCCAACACCUUCACCCUGGCGUCACUCAUCCGCAUCCUCGGCAAGACCAAGGACUGGCAGGGAGCCGUCAAGAUAUUCGAGGACGCCCGGUCUUCCGGCGUCCCUCUUAAUGCGCACCUCUUUAACGCGUUAUUGGAGGCGUUGCUGCACAACAGGCAGGUGGCAGCGGCUCGGCUGUACCGGGUGCAGAUGAGGCGGUACAGAGUGGUGGAGGAUGAAAACACUCGAGCGAUUUUGAAGAGAGCCGAGCAGAGGGAGGUGGGGUGGGAUGCCGAGUGGGAGGAGGAGGUGAAGGAGAGGGAGAAGGAGAAGGUGAGGGAGAGGGAGAGGGAGGAGAGGGAGAGAGGAGAGAGGGAGAAGGCAGAUAGGGAGGAGAAUGAGGAGGGUGAAUUGGGGAAGGACAGUGUAACUUGGGAAAAUGAGGACGAUGUCUGGAGGUUAGGAAAGCUGUGAGAGUGGAUUUUAUAGCGAGUCCAGUUGUAGACCAUUGCUGGGGGGUCUGGAUUAAUCUCCAGUCGGCUCAUAACAUUUCAAAUGUCUAGAAAUUUCUCAUCUUUAUGGUAGACUCAUUUUUAGCCCUCG